AUGUUCCGGGUCCAUGGGGAGUCGAGUAGUAACGGAUGUAUAGCCGGUCAGAAUUUCACGCUGACGGAAGUAAUUGAGACAUGGAUCUACCAGCAAGGCUUUCCAGUUCUUCAUGUGAAAAAACGGAACGAUGGAAAAGUUCAAGUCACACAGGAGAUCUACAGGCACAUUCCUGGUCAUAAACGAAGUGGAGUGCAGUGGAAAAUCCCACUUUUCCUUCGAGAUCCGAUAACUUUGAAACCAACAGUGCAGUGGUUGGUGGAGAACGACACAGCUUACAUUCUUACAUCUAUUCCAAAAGAAUUCGUUCUCAAAACAUUGAAUGCCGCGUGCAUUGUCUGCAAUGCACACUUGCACGCUUCGAGAAGGUUUUUUUCACCGAGUGCAGCGAUUGCUUUCUAG